UAAAAUCAUUAUGGUCAUAUUGUGCAGUGACGUAGAGUCGUAUGUUCGUGAACUUUGGAGAAAAUCUAUUCCUAAACGGUUUAUUUGGCAAAAUUAUUAAUUUACUUUCAUUGUAAUCAGAAACGCAUUAUAGAACACUAGAGAGAAAAGAAUAGUUGAGAGACCAAAAUUAAAAUUUUUUGCGAUACUUAAGCGCCUUAAAAGCGUUACUAAUAUUUUUCAAUAUUAGCACGGAAUCACAGCUAAUCAAAAUAAGAAACUUAUCAAUUUCCCGUGGCAGUGCGAUUUGUUUGUUUUUGAUUUAUCCAUAUAUAUUUUCCAAGUCAAUUUGCGAUUGACUUCACAAAGAAUACCCGAGAGUACGAUAUCUUUGUCUAAUUUGCGAACUGGCAUUGCGCACCCCAAAGGAGGGGAAACAAAAUCUUAUAUGACUUUUGAAAGAUACGGUGAAACACCAGCAAAAAAAACCGCACUUCUCAUUGAGAAAAAACGGAGUAAAGGGUUCGAGCUGUGCAUGAAUUCAAAAGGGCGAACCAUAAGUCACCGGACUUCGAGUAACAGACAUCGGAAGUUACAGCCAUUCAGGUACACAUGAGCCUGCUGUUUUGCCAUUUUUUUAAAGACUUAAACUGGCACAAUUAAUUCAACGUUCCGGAAGGAUACCAGUUCAUGCUUAUUCUGGGUACAUUUGAUAAGUGAGCAGCAGCGGCAAAAACACAAUAAAAGAACAUUUAAUGAACGGAAACGAAAGUUGCAUAAAUCACAAACUAGCUG